UUCAGUCCCGUGCGUUUGCUAGCUUUCGGAUGGUGGUGAAGUGAAUUUUCGAUCGCAGAUUUUCGGUUUGUUCAGUGCAAAUUUGGGUUCAAUUCGGGACAAUAGUGCUACCAAAUCGUGACACGGUGAUUCGGGAUGUGAAUUUCGAAUAAAUUGAUACUUUCCAAGUUGUGUGAUAUCUUGUCUGAUAAAAAGAAAAGCAGUGGAGAAUUGAAAUUAAAUUAAAGUGAAAGUAUUUUGAUAUUGAAAACGUAGUGAUCGUUUAGUGCCCGUGUCGAAGUAAUCUUCCGGGAGGGUAUUGACAUAUCGCUGGUUUGUUGAGGUAGUGGUACGGAGACGAAAAGCUGUGAUAGCUGCUGCAUCAGCUAUAAGCUGCUCAUAACAACAUAUAGGAAAUCCAAAGUGUAUUAACUUCAGUCAAAACAGGGAAGAACAACAACCACAACUGCCAGCCAGGAGAAACGUCGAAACGCUGUUACUGGUGUUGAGUCACGAUGUUGGGACGUGUUCGGCUUAAAGAGGACGGCAUCAUGGAUGAGGAGCUGCCCACGCUGCUCGAGACGACGUUUCGCUAUCUGGCCAAAAAUCUGCACGUCGUCUGCAACGUCAAUCCGCUGACACACCAGCUCGAGCUGAAGGAUGAUAUCGUCAUCCCGAAUGAGAUUUGUGAUAGAUUUCUGCGCUACCAGCAAGACUGCGGUCAGGAUAUCAACGACCGCUUCAUUCAGAUAUUUCGGGAUACGGAAAAGACGCCGCUCCGAAAUAUCCGCCUGCGAAAUAGCACAAUCACCAAUGAGGGCAUGCGAAUACUGCUGCGGCACAAGCUCAACUCGCUCUCGAUGUGGUACUGCAAUAAAAUUACGACGGCCUCAUGGAACAUCCUGACCGAAAACUGCAGGCAGUUGCGUUCGCUUGAACUGGGUCGUUUUGUUGACAUGCUGAAGCACAGCGAACCGAACGAGAAAACGCCGAUCGACUUCCAGCUGGUUCUACCCCAGCUGCAACAGCUGAUUCUCAAUGGGGUCGUGCUGCAACCGUCGAUCCAUUUCGGGCACCUCUCGGAGUUGACGUACCUAGACCUGACGGCAUGUAUAUUUGCGGAAUUCAGUCUGAAGGCGCUGAUUGAUCUGCCGAAGCUGAAAGCGCUGAUUUUGUUCAACGUUUGGCCCUUGGAUCACGAGUUUCCAACGAUAUGCAAGCUGAAAAACCUGGAAACUUUGGAUCUGUCCGUCUCGAGGGCAAAUGUAGAUGGAAAUUAUCUCACUCCAAAUAAGUUGCUGGCAAACUUAGUCGAGAGCCUUCCCCGCUUACGACAUCUGGACAUUUCCGGUACCAAUCUAGCGGGCGAUGGAGUAGCGAUGAAGACGAACAACACCGCUAGUAGUUCGGAUAUUCCUGGCUUGGUGAGUCGAGCCGAUCGUCCUCUGGAGUUCCUCGGUCUGUACUACACGGCACAUUCGGCUUGCAAGUGGCACGAUAUUCCCGCUUUGAAGAUCGCGGGAGAGGCAACGGAGGAUCAGAUUCUAGUUGCGGCAUCCGUCUAUCAGAAUCGGCAUGAACUGCUGGCAAAAGUACUGAAUGAUCUCUACCAUCUGCUGCGGUUUGAAACCUGCAAGCAAGUACACAAAGCGCUGGACGUUGUACUGUCCGCCAUGGACAAACACAUUCGAGUCAAAAAUAUUCAAAUCAGUGGCAGUGCCACGCUUUUCUACAUCGUCAAAGGGCGCAACAAAAUCCAAUUUGGAGUACCGUUGAAGAAUCACAUCAUUCACACCCUCUUGAACGGAAUGUCUACUCAUCUGACGGACGAUACCAUGAUGCGAAAUGGUUGUCUCACGUUAUGUCAGUUCAAUAUCCCAUCGGAUGUGUUAUUUGAGUACGAACGCUUGGUACGUAUUCUUUUGCAUGGCGUAUCUUACCGAGAACAGGAAGGAUUCGUACAGCGAAUCGCAAUCUAUCUGUUGAAUUCGCUCGCUUGCCAGGUCGACGGAAGUCAGAAAAUGUUCCUCGGCGACUUAGGUGCUAUCUCGACCAUGUUGAAUUUGAUCAGCGAUCGAUUGUCUCGCAAGAUCUUCGACGACGUUAUGGAGGUGGCGUGGUCAACCAUGUGGAACGUUACCGAUGAGACGGCCAAAAACUGCGAACGGUUUCUGGAUGGGCGGGGAAUGGAAUACUUCCUCGGCUGUUUGAAGGUAUGCGGGACACUGUUUCCGGAAAAAGACGACCUGCUGCGAAACAUGAUGGGACUGCUGGGAAAUGUGGCGGAAGUGAAGGACUUACGCCCACGACUCAUGACACCGGAGUUCAUUACUGAGUUUGCCGACCUUUUGGAUUCAUCCAGCGACGGGAUUGAGGUCAGCUAUAAUGCCGCCGGUGUACUAGCGCACAUUGCCUCCGAUGGGGAAGCUGCAUGGACAAUUACCGCGCCAACCAGGGAUGCAGUGUUGAUCCGCAUGGUGGAGGCCAUCGAACGGUGGAAUCUGGCCGCUGAGCGGAACAUCAACUACCGUAGCUUUGAGCCGAUUCUAGGAUUGAUCCGCUGUUAUCAUACACCGGCUUGCCAACAUUGGGCCGUCUGGGCUCUGGCCAAUCUAACCAAAGUGUAUCCAGCAAAAUACUGUCGACUGGUGGAAAACGAGCGUGGAGUAGAACUACUACAAGAGCUAAUAGCACAUCCACAGCCGUACAAACGGUUAAAGGAACUGGCAGAGAUGGUUUUGCGACAUUGCCGAUCGUUUACCGAUUCGCUGGAUCAAUGUAGAAAAAUGGAGUUGGAUGGCUAGAUUAUACGCGAAUUGGUUCCCAUAGUCAGAGUAGCCGUUUAAGUAAAUCUAUAAGCACCAUACAUGCAUACAACAUUUCUAUAUAGAUUUUUCUUGUGUGAACAUGUUCAGACAAGUAAGGCUGGCAUACGAAAUACCAAUAGUAGUAAUGUUAAGGCUUGUAACAAAACUACCUAUUUAAUAAAAAGAUAAACUAAAUUAUUGAAGCAAAACUACAAAGUCGUAGUGAUGCAUUGAUAUAUCCAUUACAAAAAAACUUCUAAAGUGCUAAAUUACUGUUAUUUGAUUGAAUAAUGUGGCUUUCUAAAUUCUAACUAUUGAGAUGUCGGAAACAUUGUCUAAUUUAUCGCUUAUUCUUGGUCAAUGCUAUCAAUGCUUUCUUGAAAAAGUUGCCUGUAAUUGAGUUUGAAUCAUUUGAACUUACCCGAUUUUAAGUAAAUCUCAUUGAUUACUUUCAUCUUUUUCAAAGAGUGCAAAAUGAAUUACAGUUCAUUCGUGAUAUCGUUUGAACAACAAGCAAAUCCGGAAAUUGAGACCGGAAAAUGUACAUUUUCUUGAAAUUAUUUUUUCCGGCCCAAAAUGCACAACAAAAUUUUAAAUAUCUUUCGUUAGCAAAGUCUUUUAAUAAAUUUGAUUUUUAUAAGUUUUAUUAUUUGUAAUCCACAUUUGCACAGUAAGUUAUUUAAAUUACGUUGAAAUGUUGCACAUUUUGACGAACUCUUAUUUGUUUUGUGUAGUAAUUCAUGCUAUGCCUAUUUUAAGGUUUGUCUCUUUGGAGAAACUGUGUGGGCUCGAAUAAUGCUUCGAAAUUGCAGGCAUUAUUGAAUUUCGCUCAAAUCCUUAUUGGCGGUUUGGGUUAUUUUUCUAACACUUCUCUAACGAUUGUACGAUUUGUAAUCAGUCUGUGUAUAAAAGAUUCUAGCGUUAAGUGAAGAUACAUUUAUUUUGCACAAUAAAACCAUUUAAUUGGCAGCCGUAAAAUGUAAAAAAAAACGAAAAUCUUUCUCCAAAAACAAUUAAAGAUCUGAAAAUGA